ACUAAUGGAGGAGCUUAAGAAGGUUAGGAACACAGAGGAGGUAGGCCUAUAGCAACAUGCUGCCAUAAAAGCGGGAAUAUGAAACUAACGGCUUAACGCGCUAGCUAAGAAAGCGGCCGCUGUUCUUUAUCGCGCACAGCUUUGGCGGUAUUAUACUAGCUCAUUGCCUGGUCAAGGCAGUGCAGACACACGAAAACGACCACCCAACAAUAGCGUCUCUCUACAAAGCUACAUACGGCAUGCUUCUGUUCGGGAUCCCGCAUAAGGGCCUAGUGGUAGACGAUAUCCAGAAGAUGCUGGCUGGACAGGACAAGCAUCCGCGAGGCGCGCUGCUGGAGCAGAUCCGAUCCAAGUCUAGUUUGCUCGCGGAUCAGCUGGUGGAUUUCAAGAAUCUUAUCCGGGACCGAAAGGUCGUAAGUUUCUAUGAGACGGGACAGACCAGGCAGCUUGAAUGGGACAGCGAAAGCAAAUGCUGGAAGCGGACAGGCAGCUUCGUUACGGCUGUGGAUACCGACUCUGCUCUUCUCCAGCUGCCGGACUCUAUAGAGGACAAGAUCCCCCUAGACGCAGACCAUUCGAUGAUUGUUAAGUUUGAUGCUAAGUGGGACCGAGGGUAUACUAGCGCGCGGGACAAGUUGUUACAAUUUGAGCGUGAUGCUCCAGACGUAGUUGAAGCUCGUUUCCUGCCAUCUCCCGGACCUGACAGCAAGAAAGAAGACAAGGAAUGCAUCCAACACUUGCGCGUUACUGAUCCCGGUGAUGAUAAGAAGCGCAUUGAAGACACUAAAGGCGGACUGCUAAAGGGCGCUUAUUGCUGGAUUCUCGAAAACUCCGACUUCCAACAAUGGCGUGACGACCAGCGGAGCAGACUGCUGUGGAUUAAGGGCGAUCCCGGCAAGGGUAAGACGAUGCUGCUUUGCGGCAUUGUCAAUGAGCUCACGAAGUCGAUGGCUAAGACAGAUAUCCUGUCCUACUUCUUCUGCCAGGCCACGGAUUCGCGAAUCAACAACGCCACGGCCGUGCUGCGAGGGCUGCUAUACUUGCUUAUUAAUCAGCAACCAUCGCUCGUCUCGCAUAUACGAAAGAAGCACGACCACGCAGGAAAAGCGCUCUUUGAGGAUACGAAUGCCUGGGCUGCCCUGUCUGAGAUCUUUACCAGCAUCCUGCAGGACCCAAACCUGAACAAUACCUACCUACUUGUCGAUGCGCUUGACGAAUGCGUAGUAGAUUUACCCAAACUGCUAUACUUGAUCGUCCAGAUAUCCCCUGUGUCAUCUCGAGUUAAGUGGAUCGUCUCCAGCCGCAACUGGCCUGGCAUUGAGGAGCGGCUAGAGAGGGCGGGGCAUAAGGUGAGGCUAUGCCUCGAGCUCAACGCAGAGUCUGUUUCCACAGCUGUUGGAAUAUUUAUCCAGCAUAAAGUAUCUCAGCUGGCAGAGCUAAAGGGAUACGACAACAAAACACGAGAGGCAGUACUGAGCCAUCUAUCUUUGCAUGCGAAUGACACCUUCCUCUGGGUAGCUUUGGUCUGUCAAAACCUUGAGAAGAUCCCACGAUGGAAGGCCCUUGCUAAACUAAGCGCGUUUCCACCUGGACUCGAUCGUCUUUACGAGCGAAUGAUAGAGCAAACAUGCAACUCAGAAGAUGUUGACCUCUGCAAGCAGAUACUUGCCCUAAUUUCGACUGUAUACCGACCCGUCACACUAAAAGAGCUGACAUCACUUGUCGAGAUGCUCGACAAUAUGGCCAACGAUCUACUAUCAAUACGGGAGAUUAUUAGCCUUUGUGGCUCGUUCCUUACUGUUCAAGAAGAUACUAUUUAUUUUGUACAUCAGUCUGCAAAAGACUUUCUAUUCGCAAAGGCAUUCAAUAUAGUCUUUCCGUCUGGGAGGGAAGAGGUCCACCACACAAUCUUCUUAAGGUCUCUCCAAGUCAUGUCCAAAACACUACAACGAGACAUGUACAACCUAGGUUCAUUAGGAUAUCCUGCUAAGCAGGUUACACAGCCAGAUCCAGACCCCUUAGCAGCAUCGCGCUACUCGUGUAUCUACUGGGUAGAUCACCUUCAUGACUGGAAUCCCAACUCGUCUGCAAAUCACAGGAUCAACCUGCAAGAUGAAGGCAUUGUCGACAGAUUUAUAAGGGACAAAUACCUUUACUGGCUCGAGGCUCUUAGCCUGUGCAAAAGCAUACCAGAGGGGGUAGUUUCAAUAGCGAAACUUGGGGCUUUAGUCCAGGAAAGAGCAAAUGCAUGUGCAUUAACUAAACUUGUUCAAGAUGCACAUCGAUUUAUCAUGUAUCACAAGUGGGCAAUAGAAAACAGUCCUCUGCAGGCAUAUGCGUCUGCACUUGUCUUUAGCCCAGCUUCCAGCCUAAUAAGGGGCCUCUUUAAGAAGGAAGAGCCAAGGUGGAUUACAAUAAAGCCGGCUAUAGAAGACGAAUGGGGCGCAUGCCUGCAGACGCUUGAGGGCCAUAGCUUACGGGUUGAGUCAGCGGCCUUCUCUUACGACUUAACACGGCUGACGCUUAAGGGCCAUAGCAAUUCAAUCCUGUCAGUGGCCUUCUCUCACGACUCAACACGGCUAGCGUCGGCGUCCUAUGACAAUACAGUCAAGAUCUGGGAUGUAAACAGCGGCGCCGGCGCGUGCCUGCAGACGCUUCAGGGCCAUAGCGGGUGGAUCCGGUCAGUGGCCUUCUCUCACGACUCAACACGGCUGGCGUCGGCGUUAGGUGAUGGUAUAGUCAAGAUCUGGGAUGCAAAUAGCGGCGCGUGCCUGCAGACGCUUCAGGGCCAUAGCGGGUGGAUCCGGUCAGUGGCCUUCUCUCAUGAUUCAACACAGCUGGCGUCGGCUUCACGUGACAGAACAGUCAAGAUCUGGGAUGCAAACAGCAGCGUAUGCCUGCAGACGCUUGAGGGCCAUAGCGAUUGGGUCGAGUCAGUGGCCUUCUCUCACGACUCAACACGGCUGGCGUCGGCGUCAGACGACAAUACAGUCAAGAUCUGGGAUGCAAACAGUGGCGUGUGCCUGCAGACGCUUAAGGGCCAUAGCGAUUCAAUCCGGUUAUCAGUGGCCUUCUCUCACAACUCAACACGGCUGGCGUCGGCGUCCUAUGACAAAACAGUUAAGAUCUGGGAUGUAAACAGCGGCGCAUGCCUGCAGACGCUUGAGGGCCAUAGCGAUUGGGUCUGGUCAGUGGCCUUCUCUCACGACUCAACACGGCUGGCGUCGGCGUCAUAUGAUGGUGCAGUCAAGAUCUGGGAUGCAAACAGCGGCGUGUGCCUGCAGACGCUUAAGGGCCAUAGCGAUUGGGUCCUGUCAGUGGCCUUCUCUCACAACUCAGCACGGCUGGCGUCGGCAUCACGUGACAGUACAGUCAAGAUCUGGGAUGCAAACAGCGGCGCGUGCCUGCAGACGCUUAAGGGCUAUAGAGGUUGGGUCGGGCCAGUAGCCUUCUCUCACGACUCAACACGGCUGGCGUCGGCGUUGAACGACCAUACAGUCAAGAUCUGGGAUGCAAAUAGCGGCGCGUGCCUGCAGACGCUUGAGGGCCAUAGCUGGUCAGUCGAGUCAGUGGCCUUCUCUUACAACUCAACACGGCUAGCGUCAGCGUCACGUGACAGAACAGUCAAGAUCUGGGAUGCAAACAGCGGCGCGUGCCUGCAGACGCUUAAGGGCCAUAGCAAUUGGGUUAGGUCAGUGGCCUUCUCUCACGACUCAACACGGCUGGCGUCGGCGUCAGACGACAAUACAGUCAAGAUCUGGGAUGUAAACAGCGGCGCGUGCCUGCAGACGCUCAAUGUUGACAAGGCGCUUAGAAACAUAUUUUUUGAUACUACUGGUUUGUAUCUUCACACUGAAAUUGGUACUAUCAGUGUUAGUGCAAUACCAUUAGUUUCAAGUAGUACACCAGCUGUCAUAGAGGCUCAGAAGCCUAGAUAUCAAGGCCUAGCGUUGAGUUCAGAUGGGGAUUGGAUAACACAUAAUUCUAAGAAGCUGUUAUGGCUGCCGUCAGAGUAUCGGCCAUUAUGUUCGGCGACGUCAGAUAGAACAAUCGGCGUUGGUGCUGGAACUGGAAGAGUCUGGAUAUAUGAAAGUUUGCUUAACAUACUCUAG